AUGCUCGAACUCAACCCAGACGUGAACGCGUUCCAACGCAAGUUCGUGAAUGAGGUGAGACGAUGCGACGAGAUGGAACGAAAGUUGCGUUUCCUGGAGGGUGAGAUCUCCAGGGACAAUAUUUCCUUUGAUGCGGGAGAAAAUCCGGAAGCUCCUCAGCCGAAGGAAAUCGUGGAUAUGGAGGCUACAUUCGAGCGUCUGGAGAAGGAGCUCCGAGAGGUGAAUGCCAAUGCCGUGGCCCUGAAGAAGAAUUUCUUGGAGCUGACCGAGCUGAAAUACAUCUUGCGCAAGACCCAGGGGUUCUUCGACGAGGUGCGUCUUCGCGAAGGCCCAGAGCGCAGAUUUUUCUCACGGCAGGAAUUGUUCGAACAGUACGAGGGAAGCAACGAAGUGGAAGAAGUUGCCAAGUCGGUGCUCCAAGCAGAAGCCGGUGCUCCUAAUUCUCAGCAAGGACCACUCGGAUUUGUAGCAGGAGUGGUCUUACGCGAUCGCAUGGCCGGAUUCGAGCGCAUGCUCUGGAGAGCCUGUCGCGGAAACGUCUUUCUCCACACUGCCGAGAUCGAAACUCCUCUCAACGAUCCGAUCACCGGUGACGAGGUGCACAAGUGCGCGUUCGUCAUCUUCUACCAGGGAGACCAGCUGAAGACGCGCGUGCGGAAGAUCUGCGAGGGGUAUCGGGCCACGCUUUACCCCUGCCCCGAGGGUGCGGCCGAGAGACGGGAGAUGGCCAUGGGUGUUCUCACUCGCAUAGAGGACCUCAAAAUGGUGUUGAGCCAGACACAGGAUCAUCGUCAUCGAGUCCUGGUGGCAGCAGCCAAGAACCUGCACAACUGGUGGGUCAAAGUUCGCAAGAUCAAGGCCACGUACCACACAUUGAAUCUAUUCAAUCUGGAUGUCACUAACAAGUGCCUGAUCGCUGAGGGAUGGAUCCCUGCUCCUGACCUGGAGACCGUUCAACUUGCUCUUCGUCGGGGCGAUGAGCAGAGUGGAAGUUCCGUCCCCCCGAUCGUGAACUGCAUGGAGACAAAGGAAAACCCGCCAACCUAUAACCGCACGGACCAGUACACGCAGGCCUUUCAGAACUUGGUUGACGCUUACGGUGUAGCCGCGUAUCGCGAAGUCAACCCUGCUCCAUACACCAUCAUCACUUUUCCGUUCCUCUUCGCGGUGAUGUUCGGCGAUGCUGGGCAUGGAGUCAUCAUGGCUCUCUUUGCAUUUUGGAUGAUUUGGAAGGAGAAGUCGCUCCAGGCUCAAAAGUCUGGAAAUGAGAUUUUCAGUAUGUUCUUCGGUGGUCGGUAUCUGAUUUUCCUCAUGGGGCUGUUCUCCGUCUACAGUGGCAUCAUCUAUAACGACAUCUUCUCCAAGUCCUUCAACAUCUUUGGAACUUCCUUUAAUGCGAACUACAGUCUGAGUGACCUGCAGGGAAACAAGCACUUCCAGCUGGAUCCAUCUCGUGACGAUGACUAUAUUGGAUAUCCGUAUCCGUUAGGCGUGGACCCUGCAUGGGGGGUCUCGACAAACAAGAUCUCCUUCAUUAACUCCUACAAGAUGAAGAAUUCCAUCAUCUGUGGUGUGAUUCAGAUGUUGUUCGGAGUGUUACUUUCAGUCAUUAAUCACAGAUACUUCAAACGACCACUGAACAUUUGGUGCGAGUUCAUCCCACAGCUCGUGUUCAUGUGCUGCCUCUUUGGCUAUCUGGUAAUCUUGGUGUUCCAUAAGUGGGUCUUCUACUCGGCCAAAGAGGCAGGAUGUGCACCCUCCAUUCUCAUCACCCUCAUUAACAUGGUCCUCCUCAAGACUCCCCCUGCGUGCGAUAAGGCUGUCAAUCCGAAGUGCUGUGAUGCGUUCAUGUUUGCUGGGCAGGGAGGAAAUUCGCACACAAGUCUUUCUGAGAAUGGAGGCGCUGACUUGGUCGAGAAGGUCGAAGAUAGCAAAAGAGGAGGAGGGCACGGACACGGUCACGACGAACCCUUUGAAUUUGGGGAGGUGUUCGUGCACCAAGCCAUUCAUACCAUCGAGUACUGCUUGGGCACCAUCUCUCACACAGCGUCUUAUCUUCGACUCUGGGCCCUUUCACUUGCCCAUGCCCAACUGUCAGAAGUGCUGUGGAACAUGGUCUUUCGCAUCGGCCUGCACGCAUCAGGAUACAUGGGAGCCCUGAUGCUCAUCGUCGUGUUCGCCUUCUGGGCCGUUCUCACCAUCGGUGUCCUCAUCGUCAUGGAGGGACUCUCCGCUUUCCUUCAUUGUCUUCGGCUUCACUGGGUGGAGUUCCAGAGCAAGUUCUAUCUGGGGACAGGCGAGGAGAUGAUCCUCUGCCAGUUUUUUCUGCAGAGUGAAUCAGCCUAUGCCUGCGUCUCUGAGCUUGGAGAGCUGGGUUUGGUCCAGUUCCGAGAUCUCAACCCUGAUGUGAACGCAUUCCAACGCAAGUUUGUGAACGAAGUGAGACGAUGCGACGAGAUGGAACGAAAGUUGCGCUUCCUGGAGAGGGAGAUACGCAAGGACGAGAUUCCCAUCCUGGAUACGGGAGAAAAUCCAGAAGCUCCGCAGCCGAAAGAAAUGAUAGAUAUGGAGGCCACCUUUGAGCGACUGGAAAAUGAACUCCGAGAGGUUAACUCCAAUGCUGAAGCCCUGAAGAAGAACUUCCUGGAGUUGACCGAGUUGAAGCAUAUCUUGCGCAAGACCCAGGGAUUCGUGGCAGGAGUAGUUGCUCGUGAUCGUCUGCCCGCAUUCGAGCGCAUGCUGUGGAGAGCCUGUCGUGGGAAUGUAUUUCUCCGCACUGCUGAGAUCGAAACUCCUCUCAACGAUCCUAUCUCUGGAGACGAAGUCCACAAGUGCGUGCUCCUCAUCUUCUUCCAAGGCGAGCAGCUUAAGACUCGUGUGCGAAAGAUUUGCGAAGGAUUCAGGGCCACUCUUUACCCUUGCCCUGAAACACCAGCUGAACGACGGGAAAUGGCCAUGGGGGUCAUGACUCGCAUUGAGGAUCUCAACACGGUGUUGAGCCAGACACAGGAUCAUCGUCAUCGAGUCUUGGUGGCAGCAGCCAAGAACCUGCAUAACUGGUGGAUUAAGGUCCGCAAGAUCAAGGCCAUCUACCACACAUUGAAUCUAUUCAACCUGGAUGUUACUCACAAAUGCUUGAUUGCUGAGGGAUGGGUCCCUUCUCUUGACCUGGAAACAAUUCAACUUGCUCUUCGCCGGGGCACUGAGCAGAGUGGGAGUUCAGUACCACCAAUUGUAAAUCGUAUGGACACCAAGGAAGAUCCUCCGACCUAUAACCGCACAAACAAAUUUACACAGGCAUUUCAGAACUUGGUUGAUGCUUAUGGUGUGGCUACCUAUCGUGAAGUCAACCCAGCUCCCUAUACCAUCAUCACUUUUCCAUUCCUGUUUGCGGUGAUGUUUGGUGAUGCUGGGCAUGGAACCAUUAUGGCUCUUUGUGGAUUCUGGUUGAUUUGGAAGGAGAAACCUCUUCAGGCUCAGAAGUCAAGCAGUGAGAUUUUUAGUAUGUUCUUUGGUGGACGGUAUCUCAUUUUUCUCAUGGGAAUAUUUUCUGUGUACACGGGACUCAUCUAUAAUGACAUCUUCUCCAAAUCCCUCAACAUCUUCGGCAGUUCUUUUCAAGUCAACUACAAUCUGAGUACCCUCCAGGGACGCAAGGACUUCCAGCUGAAUCCAAACUCUAGCAGCGAUGACUAUGCUGGAUAUCCAUAUCCAUUUGGGAUGGACCCUGCAUGGGGGAUCUCAGCUAACAAGAUCUCCUUUACCAACUCCUACAAGAUGAAGAAUUCCAUCAUCCUUGGUGUCAUUCAGAUGGUGUUUGGUGUGGCACUCUCUCUUGUCAAUCACAGGUAUUUCAAGCGGCCACUGAACAUUUGGUGCGAGUUCAUCCCACAGCUUGUGUUCAUGUGCAGUCUCUUUGGCUAUCUGAUCAUCUUGGUGUUCCACAAGUGGGUCUUCUUCUCAGCUGACCAGGCAGGGUGUGCACCCUCCAUCCUCAUCACACUUAUAAACAUGGUCCUUCUGAAAACUCCUCCUGAAUGCAAUAAGGACAUCAAUCCCAAAUGCUGUGAUGCAUACAUGUUUGCUGGACAGAACUCCCUGCAAAAGUUCCUGUUGGGAGUGAAUUCACAUGCCAGUCUGACUGAAGAAGGAGGCACCGAAACAGAAGAGACAGGUGGAGGUCACGGAGGAGGAGGGCAUGGAGAGGAUGAACCAUUUGAAUUUGGAGAGGUGCUUAUACAUCAAGCCAUACAUGCGAUUGAAUACUGCCUGGGUACCAUAUCUCAUACAGCUUCCUAUCUUCGACUCUGGGCCCUCUCCCUAGCCCAUGCCCAAUUGUCUGAAGUGUUGUGGAACAUGGUCCUUCGAAUUGGUCUGAGAGCAUCUGGAUAUUUGGGUGGCAUAGUGCUCUUUGCUGUGUUUUCCUUCUGGGCUGUUCUCACUGUCGGUAUCCUUGUCAUCAUGGAAGGACUCUCCGCUUUUCUUCAUUGUCUUCGACUUCAUUGGGUGGAGUUCCAGAGCAAGUUCUAUCAGGGGACAGGAUAUGCAUUUGUGCCAUUCUCAUUUGAAGUCAUCUUGGAUCAGGCCCGUGCAUCUGAAGAUUAGUCUUCCUGUCUGUCCCAGUAACCUUUCCAUUUUCCCCAUGUCCCUAAAAGUACAGACUCCAAGCUUGUGCAUGAAGAAGAGAUGCAUCCUAGCUUCCUCGAUUUUCCUCUCUGCAUAUAACUCAGAUCAUGCUGGCCUCUUUUAAGUGAAAUGCUUUUCAUAAAUAGCUGGAAUGUUUCACAGGAUAAAGAGGUGAAGUGGUUGUAUCCAUCAGUUGGUUUGGGGUAGCCAGAAAUUUACAACAAAUAAAAUGGAAAAUGGUAAGGAACACCUGCUAAACAAUCAUUGUAAUGAAUGCAUGGAGGUGCUGUUGCAUGCCACAUAGGAGUAUUUUCAUGUUCAGCAUUUCAAGGAACUGUGCAAAAGCUAUCUAUGGUGGGUCACCAACAGCACUAUGAGGUUUGCCAUGACAGAUGGGUUAUUAUUUGUGAUUCUCCUAUUGUCAUCAGAUGAUGUCCCCUGCUUAGAUUUUUCCUUGGAGUCUGUACCUUCCUUUCACCCAAACAUUCCCUUAUCCAUUAUCAAGAAACAUGUCAUAGAUGUGGUAGUGAAAUAUAUAUGACCA